AUGGACAACUCGAGGUUAAACGAACACAUGCUGAAGGGGUUCAGCGGAGGAGACGCAAAUAAUCAGUUGGACAGUGACCCUCAAUCAAAGCUGGCUUCACAUGACUGUGCUGAGACGAACUCUCUCCUUGUUGCAAUGCAUAAAAAUGAAACAGAGAUAAAAGGAGUGAGCAAUAUGGAGAUAUGUUUUCCUACUAUGGGGCAAACAUCGGAUCAGGGGUCCACUGAUUCACACCAUGUGCUGUGUAAAGAUGAGGAGAAGAGUGAAUGUAUGGAAUGGAAUGCUUCACAUGAUGCAUUGGGGUCAGAUCAAAGAAUGAAGGGAUAUUCUCCUCUCCUUAAUUUGUCUCACUCGAGUGACGUGUGCCUAUCCUUUGGAACGAUGUUUCACGACAAGGGCACGUGCAAUCCAUGCAGAUACGAAUGGACACACGGGUGCCACAUGGGGGAACACUGCAGGUUCUGUCACCACCCCUCCCAUGUCAGCCCCAGUACCAAGCGCGUCAUUCCGGAUCCACAAGAUUUAGAGGAAACAAAAGUCACACCUGAGAAUAUCUUGUCCUCAUGGAAACCCAAUUCUGAUGCACCGACGAGCGGUUCUUCAAAUGAAGAUCUUGUAGAGGCUGAUCAUCACUGUCGACGCGGGGAAAAUGGUAAAGCAGUACAUGGCACAGAUGAGGACACCUAUGAUGAAGAGUCGCCGAACGAACGCGUCAAUACCAAAGUCGACAUUUCUGCUAACUGCAUCACCACAGAGGACGAUAGCAGUGUAGCAUAUCAAGAAAUUCAAGAGGAUUAUGAAGAUAUCCUACACAGUCGAAGUGGCCUUGUUCUUGACAGUGACAUGUCCAGUGAAGGCUAUAUGGAUUACGAAGCAGUCGUGAGAAGUGGCCGCCAACCGAACUACGAAGAAGUGAUGAGCGCUCGAGGAGACGUACAGCAUGAAGACACGCAGAGAAGUGGGGCCGAAGACAUGUAUGAAUAUGCUCGUAGCGGAAGUGAUCCGGGGAACCGUGGCGUUAUGUCUGGAAUGUGCGAUGUCUCUCUUGACAGUUCGGUCAGUCAUGUGUGUGUGCUGAAUCGAGCCUACGUGGUAAGAGCUGACUUCGACGAGGAAGCUUCGGACGGAGCUGCGGACGGAGCUGCGGACGAAGCUGCGAACGACAAUGGUGGGAACUCUGUUGCUGCUGCCCAGGAUGACGCCGCCGACGACCAUGCUGAGCGUAACAUGCAGGGUGACCGUGUGGAGAACCACGACGGAGAAGAAGAAUUCACAAAUGGAGACAACUACUCCAUGGGAAGAGACUAUGAUGUAGAUUCUGAAAACCUCCGGGGCAGAGAUCGCCUCAUUGUUGUGAGCAGGUUCUAUGGUGGUAAGGACCUUAACAGCAUGAACAACUUGGGCUUCACGGGCAUAUAUACUAGCUUGCUUAAUGUUUCAGAUGAGAGGAGUGGUUCCUACACACAGGGCAAUCAGGAGAAUGACGGCAAUCAGGAGAAUGACGACAAUGAUGACAACCACGACAACCACGACAACUACGACCAUCACGACAAUGACUACAAUGAAGACAAUGACGACGAUGACGACGAUGAAGACGAUGACGACUGGAACGUUGACUUCAAUCUGUCUCACAAUAACCACCUAUUCACCACAGACCUUUGUAACAGAACCCAUUCUUCGAGAGAGCCAGAAUCCGCCAGUGGCAGCAGCUUCACCAACAAUAUGAGUUAUUUAGGAGGUACCACCGUAACAGAGCGCAGUGUCUCCGAACCCAGGAUGAAUGAUGUGAGCAGCGAGAUCGAGAUGGAAAGUCCUACUCACCUGGGAGUACUCGAUCAGCUUAACGCCCCGAACGGUGAAAUCCCUUUUGGCAGCUUCAUCGGCAUGACACCAUUUGGCAGCCUGGACGACGUGAACCCAUUUGAAGGGUUGAACGAUGUAAACCACGUUGGAAGCCAUAACGACGUGAACCACGUUAGCAGCCAUAACGACGUAAACCCCUUUGGCGGGCUGAACGGAAUGAACAGAAUAAACGAAAUGCAGGGCGUGAACCGAAUGGACAGCUCGAACUUCACGGACGGUAUGGACGAAGCCCAGAGAAUGAAAGACAUAAUCGAAUCCGAGCACAUGAAGCACAUGAACGAGAUGCACGAAGCGCAGCGCAUGAAUGGAAGAACGUGUCUUACGGAGAGUGUGAACCCAGUGAGCGACGAGAACUACGCUGAAUUUCAGCUCAAAUGCCAGAACAGUGUCAGUGACAUUAAAAAAGUGAGUGAAAUUAACAACGUGAGUGACAUUAACAACGUGAGUGACAUUAACAACGUGAGUGACAUUAACAACGUGAGUGACAUUAAAAAAGUGAGUGACAUUAAAAAAGUGAGUGACAUUAACAACGUGAGUGACAUUAACAACGUGAGUGACAUUAACAACGUGAGUGACAUUAACAACGUGAUGAGUGACAUUAAAAAAGUGAGUGACAUUAACAACGUGAGUGACAUUAACAACGUGAGUGACAUUAACAACGUGAGUGACAUUAACAACGUGAGUGACAUUAACAACGUGAGUGACUUUAACCGUGUGAGCAACCAUGAUGGAGUAAACGACGUGAACAUUACGUACGACAUAAACACUACUGGCUAUGGGAUGUAUGCCACAAGCUAUCACGAUACAAACAGCCUAGGAGAGAACAGCGCGGUCAACAGUAUAGGAGAGAGCAGUAUAGGAGCGAACAGCAUAGGAGCGAACAGCAUGAUCGAUGGAAGCAGCAUGGGCACAGCUAACAGCGGGAUGGAUACCAUGAACAGUGGAAGCACGACGAGCAAUGCGAACUCCGUAAGCGCAUCAGACACACUUUACUGCGAAGCCUGUAUGUGCAUGCUGCACCAGGGGGAUAGUUUCAAUGGAGAAAGUCAAAAUGAGCCAUUUAUAUACAACGGACUGUACCUUUGCCACAAUUGCAGAAAUAACAUGUAA